GGCAUCCGUUGCUAAGCUGCGGGGCAGCAGCCAGUCUAGAAAACUCAGCGACGCGUCGCUCCGUCUGGACCCGCUCGUGCGCUUCUCUGCAGCGGACCCUCGCAGGAGGACUCGCCGCUCCCGGUCGCCGUUGUCCCGGGACGGAAGCGUCGGGAAAGGCUGCUAACGGGCGGCUAACGUUAGCCCGCGGCUGGUGUGGUGACGGUCAGGAAGCCCCGCCCUCCCAGGAAGGCGGCUCCCCCGCCAGGCGGGACGCCUCUGCAUACGCUGAGGCCCGUCUGCGUCUGCGUCCAGCAUGGCUGCUGCAAACCCCACCAAGAUCUACUGGCGUCUGCAGGAGUUCGAGGCCCACGCCCGGCCCGUUUCCUGCCUGGCUCUGGGGAAGAGCACCGGCCGCCUGCUGGCCACGGGCGGAGAGGACUGCCGGGUGAACCUGUGGAGCCUCAACAAGGCCAACUGCAUCAUGAGCCUCACUGGCCACAAAACGGCGGUGGAGUGCAUCCAGUUCAGCCUGUCGGAGGAGCAGGUCGCAGCCGGGUCGCAGUCGGGAUCCAUACGGGUCUGGGACCUGGAGGCCGCUAAGAUCCUUCAAACUCUGAUGGGACACAAAGCCAGCAUCACCAGUCUGGGCUUCCAUCCAUACGGACAAUUUCUGGCCUCCAGCUCCAUGGACACCAACAUAAAGCUGUGGGACGUUCGGAGGAAAGGUUACGUGUUCCGGUUUAAGGGUCACACUGACGCGGUGCGCAGUCUGGCCUUCAGCCCUGACGGGAAGUGGCUGGCUUCAGCGAGUGACGACUGCACCGUGAAGCUGUGGGACCUGAGUCAGGGGAAGAUCAUCACUGAGUUCAAGUCUCACUCUGCAGCCGUGAACAUCGUUCAGUUUCACCCCAACGAGUACCUGCUAGCUUCUGGCAGCUCAGACAGGAGCGUCCGGCUGUGGGACCUGGAGAAGUUCACCAUGAUCGGCACGCUGGAAGGAGACACGUCGGCCAUCAGGUGUGUGUGCUUCAGUCCGGACGGCUCCUGCCUCUUCAGCGGAGCUACAGACUCUCUGCGGGUCUUCGGCUGGGAGCCGGACCGCUGCAUCGACGUGGUGCGGGUGUGGUGGGGGAAAGUGUCGGACCUGGCCGUGUGCAACCAGCAGCUGAUCGGCGCGUCUCAUCAGCUGUCCAGCGUCUCCACCUUCGUGGUGGAUCUGAAGCGGGUGAAGAAGAGUGGCAAAUCGGCGCCAUACCGGGUCGCCCCGGACGACCAACCGGACCCGGAGAAGAAGGAUCCUGGGGGGGCCGCUCUGCGCCGGAGCUACGAGAGACCGCCCACCACCUGCAGCGCGCAGAGGGUGAAGCAGCGGUCGGAAUCUGAGAGGCGGAGCCCUGAUGGAGAGAGGCGGAGCCCCAGCGAGGACGAGGCGGAUGAGAAAGUUUUGUCAGCGGAGAUUCACAACGCCGAGGAUUUCAGGGAGAUUUUCCAGCCGAAGAACGCCAUCUCACGAACGCCGCCCCGGAUGACAGAGCCGUUCCCGGCGCCGCCCGACGACGGCGAGUCCGACACCAUCGUGGCGGUCAGCCGACAGCUGAAGGACGGUUCCUGUUUUCCCACCAAGCUGCAGACUCCGGCCCUCGCCACGUCCACGCCUGUCCAGAGGGUGGAGCCCACCGUCGUCUCCAGCGGGAAGCGUCCAGCCGCCGGCCCCGCCUGCCAGCCCCCCCCUCAGAACCCGGUCGAGCCCAAACCCAGAAUUAUCCCGAGCAGCAGGAACGAGCCCAUCGGGCUGAACGUGGACGACUUCCUGUCGGGAUCGGACGACUCCAGCGCCGCCGCCCUGAGCGACGAGGAGGUUCUGGCGCAGAUCCGGAAAGGCCACGACACCAUGAUGCUGAUCCUGAGCAGCCGGCUCAAGAACCUGCAGACGGUCUCCGCCGUGUGGACCCGGGACGGCUCCAAGGAAGCUCUGGAAACCGCCGUCUCCAUGAAGGACCUGUCCAUCGUGGUGGACAUCCUGAACAAGAUCAACCUGCAGCCGUCUCUCUGGAGUCUGGACGCCUGCACCCUCCUCCUUCCUCAGGUCCACAAGCUGCUGCAGAGCAAAUACGAGAGCUACAUCCAGACCGGCUCCACGUCUCUGAAGCUCAUCAUGAGGCAUUUCUGGGCUCUGAUCUCAGAGACCCUGAAGGCCCUGCCGUCUGUCGGGGUCGACAUCACGCGUGAGGAGCGACACCGGAAGUGCCAGCAGUGCUGCAAACUCCUGAAGACCACGAGCGUCACGGUGAAGAGCCGCGCCCCGCAGGUGGGUCGUCUGGGCAGCACCUUCCUGGAGCUGCAGCUCGUUUUGGCGCCGCUGGACGAGGCUCCGUGAACCUGGACUUGGCGGCGAUGACUUCACUUCCUGCUGUUUACUUUUUGAUGUUUUUUCUAAAAUAAAGUUUUUGGAAAAAAAGA